AUAGUGAUGGUCAAAUGAGAUAAUUCAGGAGUACGGGAGUUGUCAAACACUAUACAAAGUCAAGUGCUUUACCCACCUCCUUAAUUGUCUUCCGUUGUUGGGCACUUACUCUACUUCAAGUAUUUGAGGAAUUUGCAGAUUCUUACCUGGCAGUUUAAGACUGGAGAUUCCUAUGCCUACAAAUUUUUAGGAAGUCUUUAGACUCCUGGGGUGCAAGGGGUUAAGAGGAAAUGGACUAUUAGUAGGGUCUCGCUAAUCCGAGAAGUCCAGGACUUCAAAUGUAUCUAGAAACGGCACUGAAAGUCACGAUUUAAAGGAGCUAGGCUAGCUAGCCCACCGAGGGCUUGUAGGAGCCUCGAGUAAUUGUAGAGCAGAACCUAGAAAGGGGCAUCAGCAUCCCGUGUAACACCUGACCAAAGCUUUGUCGGAGCGCACAGAGGAAAACUCUGGGGCCGGUUGGACCCACUCCGGAUACCCAGAGGGAAUCUGGAAGAGUUGUAAGCAAAACAUCAUUUCUCUAAGAAAAUUUUGGAUAACAGAAGUUCUGCGUAACAGGGCAAACCAAUUCAAUCAUCAUGAGCUGGAGCUUCCUGACUCGCCUGCUAGAGGAGAUCCACAACCAUUCCACGUUUGUGGGCAAGAUCUGGCUCACUGUCUUGAUUGUCUUCCGGAUCGUCCUUACAGCUGUCGGGGGAGAGUCCAUCUAUUAUGACGAGCAGAGCAAAUUUGUGUGCAACACAGAGCAGCCGGGCUGCGAGAACGUGUGCUACGACGCCUUUGCACCCCUGUCCCACGUGCGCUUCUGGGUGUUUCAGAUCAUCCUGGUGGCCACCCCCUCGGUCAUGUACCUGGGUUACGCCAUCCAUAAGAUUGCCAAAAUGGAGCAUGGGGAAGCAGACAAGAAGGCAGCCCGGAGCAAACCCUACGCGAUGCGUUGGAAACAGCACCGGGCUCUGGAAGAAACAGAAGAGGACCAUGAAGAGGAUCCCAUGAUGUAUCCAGAAAUGGAAUUAGAAAGUGAAAAGGAAAAUAAAGAGCAGAACCCUCCUAAACCCAAGCAUGACGGCCGACGGCGGAUUCGGGAGGAUGGUCUCAUGAAAAUCUAUGUGCUGCAGUUGCUGGCCAGGACCGUGUUUGAGGUGGGUUUUCUGAUCGGGCAGUAUUUUCUGUAUGGCUUCCAAGUCCACCCGUCUUACGUGUGCAGCAGAAUUCCUUGCCCUCAUAAGAUCGACUGCUUUAUUUCUAGACCCACUGAAAAGACCAUCUUCCUUCUGAUAAUGUACGGUGUUACAGGCCUCUGCCUAUUGCUUAACAUUUGGGAGAUGCUUCAUUUGGGGUUUGGGACAAUUCGAGACUCACUAAACAGUAAAAGGAGGGAACUGGAAGAUCCGGGUGUCUAUAAUUAUCCUUUCACUUGGAAUACACCAUCUGCUCCCCCUGGCUAUAACAUUGCCGUCAAACCAGAUCCAAUCCAGUACACCGAACUGUCCAAUGCUAAGAUCGCCUACAAGCAAAACAAGGCCAACAUUGCCCAGGAACAACAGUACGGCAGCCAUGAGGAGCCGCUCCCGGCUGAUCUGGAGACGCUGCAGCGGGAGAUCCGGAUGGCUCAGGAACGCUUGGAUCUGGCGAUCCAGGCCUACAAUCACCAAAACAACCCCCAUGGUCCUCGGAACAAGAAAACCAAAGUGGGCUCCAAAGCUGGCUCCAACAAAAGCAGUGCGAGUAGCAAAUCAGGGAAUGGGAAGACCUCCGUCUGGAUUUAAUCUUGGCUGUGCUUAAAACUUGUGCUUUUCAUAGUUUAUGGUAAGCUGCGGCUCACUGAAUAAUGACUUCCAUUGAGUAAACAUUUGGCUCUGGCUCUCUUCAGGGAUGCUGUUGGCUCAUGAUCCAAGCUCAGGGGACUCUGAAGGCAGGGCUGGGACAAGGGGCAGAAGAAGGGAAACACAGUGUUCCUGGGCACGUGUUCCAGCAAUAAUACAGUUGUAGAACUUUACAUUUGUGUCUUCCACAUCUGGAAAAGAACAGAUCUAUUUAAAUCAUUCUUGUUGAACAGUUUUUGUAUGUACAGUAUUAUGGUACCUUUUUUUUUUUUUUUUUUAGUAUGAGAACUUUUUUUUUGUACUUGUACAUUGGACCACUGUAGUUAUACUUUUAUAUUAAAGGGGGAAAUCCUAAGGUAAUGCCUAUUAGGCUAGUGUUUUACUUUGUUCAGCGAGUUCUACCCUGGGCUUAAAGAUUUAAUAGAUGCUACACCGAAUAAAAGUGCCUCUCAUGUCGCAGGGAUGAUUUCAGAUACUAAGGAGCUGCAGGAGGAGGAGUCAGUUUUCAGUCCUGGAAAGAAAGUCCACAGCAGGAGGCUGAAAUCGUCUCCCCUUUACUUGAGAAAUCUUUGAAUCUCAUUCAUGUGCCCAGACUUGAAUCUAGUUUUUGAAAACCCAUUUGUAUUUUCAAAGGAGAUAAUUGAUUCACUGCAGGAUCCCUUUAAGUAUCCAGCGUUGCCAGUGUAUGCUUUGAUGGUGUGUGUUUCAUUUAAUUCUUUCCAAAUGCUGAUAAACAAAGGUGUCCCCAGUUCUAUAGCCGCGUGGAAACCCCUGCUGGAGUUGGUAUUAAAAUUCCUCUACCACGAAGCAAAGCCAACCCUGGGAAAUGAGCCCUAAUAGGACGUGUAGUUGUGGACCUGUUUGAUUUGCCUUAAGUCUCUAUCCAGAAACCUGCCUCUCUCUGAUUUCUUAAGAAGCCAGUGAUGGAUGUUUUCUUUAUAUGUUAACAUUAGAAAUUUAAAAAUUUCUUCGUAGGCUAAGAAUACUCAAAGCUACUUGUACUGCAUAUGGCAGAAAGCCUAAAUCCAAAUUCCUUAUUUUUUAUAAUUUACUGUGGAACUUUUGUAAUUUAUAUACUUCUGCCAAUGUAGGUUUCUGCCUGGAAGACCAGUCACACCAGGGAUUCUAUUUGUAAAUAGACCUAAAGAGAAUUUCAGUAUUUAUUCCCUAUAAAUAUAUCUGUAGGCAUAUCUGUUGGUUAAUGAUAAGCAUUGUUCAUGUAAUACUCAUAAUUUGCAGUAUUUUAUUGCCAUUUUCAACCUUGCAUUCUGUUGGGGAGCUUUGCUCUCCCAUCACGUUCACAUUGUUUGUCUUACGGUUUAUGAGCUUCUGAGUGAGAGCUUGGUGACGAUUUAAAGGAAGGGGCCUUUGCUUCACGAGCGAGCAUUUCAUUUUGGGUGUCUUACUUUUUUUUAACAGAAAGCCAUCACAGGCCACCUCUGACUUUGAAAUUCUAAAAGUAUUGUUUUUUAUAUCUUUAUUUUAAAACACCAGUUUUCCAUUAUUUAGGAGAAUCCUAGAACAGUACCCUUUGUGCAGUUCUUUUUCUUUUCUUUUUUUCUUUGCAUUUCUCUCCCAAACAAAAAAAACUCAGUAGAAAAAUGUAAGCUUGUCUUUUAGCCAUGCAUUUAUCUUUAUUUUGUCUUUUUUUUUUUUAAUCUAUAAAUUUUGGCCUAGAGAAGUUCCUCAGGGUCUCUAAACAUCUUAGGCAAAAUGUAAAAAUGUAAGUUCAGGUGAGAUUGAAGGGGAAAUUUCAGAAAACUAUACAUGUAUGUAUAUAGACAUGCCAGUUUCCUUCACACCAAAUGUUUAAUAAGGAAACUCAAAUAUUCUGAGAAAACAGGCAAGAUUUUACAUACCUAAGCCUAACUAAGAUAAAGAACUACCAAUUCUCACAUCACUAGUGCUUCAAGCAGAUUUCUUAAUUGGAGGACAGAAAAUAUAUAUACACUCAUAUCCAUCUCUUCAGAGCCUGAAGGAGAGCAGCGUGGCUUUGCCAGCGGAAAGGUUGGUGAUUUGAGAGUGAUGGCGAGGGAAGGAGUCAAGCAGAAAUACUAGACAGACAUUUGGCGCCAGAAGCAUCCACUUAGUUUCUAUGAACGGUGCCCCUGGUGCUUCAUCUUGGCUUGUUCUGAUGAGAAUGUUAUCUUUUGUGUCUGGAUAACUCUUCAACUUCUUAAAGUAUACAGAAAGAUAUUCUAAGUCACCUCACAUGUAUGCACACGUUUAAAAUCUAUUUUUAUUCUCUCAUAAAAGUUUUACUUAACAUGAGUUUCCCAACUCUCACUGCUUUCUUAGGAUAUUUCUUUCAGCCUUUGAACAUAGGAGUUUGCCAAAGCUAUUUUCCCCCUAAUGAUAUCCAUGAACCUACAUUAAGAAAAUGGCCCUAUCAGUGUCUAGCUUAAGCCAUUAAUUGGGUCUUCAUUGAAUCUAUGAAAAUAUUCUGCUGGUUAUUAUUCUAGAACUUGCAGGUGUUUGUAUAAAAAGGCUGUCCACAUUUUUUCCAUAUCAGAAUCACAUUCCUUUGAAUUAUUGUAUAAGACAUGCUCUGCCAUAUAUGAUACUGGAUUCUCUAAAUAGAGGCUGCGUGCUUAGUCCCUUCACAUACUAGAGUCAGGAUACGGUCAUCAACAUGUUUAUAUACCUUAACAUACUAUUGGAUUGAUUUAGAUAUGGUGUGUCCUUGGCUCAUCUUCGUUAAAAUCUAUUAUUCAGAGAUAUUUGUGAAACAAACAUGCUUUUUUUCUUAGUUCAAAUUGGAGAGCAGAAUUAGAUAACAUUUUCCCCUAAAGAAAUGUUCAUAUUCAUUUUGUGGCUUUGAGUUCGCUUGAUGACUUAGUUUUGCCUGUUUCUAUAUUUGUUCAUUUAAAACCACAAAAGUGUUAUUUCAUUUGAAGUCAGUUUUCUGGGGAUUUUCCUUGACUAAUGACUGAUAACUGUAGAAUUACUUUUUGAUAAAAGUGAACUUUGCCAUCUAACGUGGUUCUGAAGGUUAGGACUCCCACAUAUCUGCCUUUUAGAAGGACACCUAUAUCUUUAAAGAGAAAAAUAUUAGGUACCUUAACUCUGUCAUUUCCUCAUAUUAUGAAAUUAGGCAGUUAACUUUUCCAAGUUUCAGGAGCCACUGACCUCUCAGACAUGUUAUGAAGUAGUUAGAAAGCCUAUAGUAAAAGGUAUUAAAAGACCAAUUAUUAUUAUUGUUCAUUAGUCUGAGCUUGGAACUUCAAAAAAAAAAAAAGUUGAAGGAACUAUGAUGGUAGUAAGAUGUCCUUCCGUGUUCUUUACCACAGGAAUCAGUGAUGGUUUAAAACACUUGCUCUAGUCAGUUUAUACCAAGAAUGGACUUAAAUAUUCCUAUUAGUCAUCCCUAUCCUUAUGAAUGUCCAUCUUUAUGCUUUCUGUCUCAUUUAAGAGACAGUAUACUUCUAAAAAUAACAUCUGUAGUUUUUGGUACAUUUUUGGCCAGCCAGCUUUCAGUAAAAGGGAAGUAUGUUAUACUUGAACCUACUUCAAGAAAUGUCUUUUUGUAAAGUCUUUCCUGACUAUGAGGAAAAGUACCUGGAGUCAAAGAUACACAGUUGCUGGUCAUUUUAAUUGGAAGGUUCCAGGUAGUAGAUUAAUUUUAACUUUACAAAAUCAUGUAAUCUUAUGAAGAGUCUUACUACCUGAAAAUAAAGUCCUUGCACCUAUACAGUACAGUGUUUGGAAACAAAAUUUCAACUCACCUACAUAUCAUAAAUCUGUAAUAAUUCAAAGUCACCGUCAAAUGUUAGAAUCAUUAGGUUGAGUUGCAUACUUGUCACUCAUUUUGGCCACACAUCAUGGAGAGUUUAAGAUUUUAUUUGUUGUUUAAUGCAGUUGUGUUGUUUUCAAUAAUGACGUUGAGUUUGGGUCAUGCACAUUCCAUGUUAAUAAUCAUACUUUUUAGAGAAGCAAUCCAUAGUAUCCCAAAACCCAGGAGUCCAAACGAAAGAAAGUCCUACUCUCGUGCAAAAUCUCUACAGAAAUAAAAGAAGUUAAGAGUUCUGCAUUUCAGGGUUGGCUUGUUGACCCAACAGAGACAUUUGGCUAUAUGCUUCCAAGAUUGGAAAUCUUUUUCUUUGCUGUACUCUCAAUUGUGUUUUGUUUAAUAAAUCUCUUGCAGAAGUCUCUACCUCAGGCACUAAGUGUUAGAUAUGGUUACCAUAUUGAUACUGAAAAACUUAGCUAAGACUUCCAACUUUUUAAGAUAAUCGAAAUGUAAAAUUCAACUGUUAACCUGCAAUCUAACGUCAUGUGGUACGCAGUUUGGAUAUUGUAUGAACAGCUAAGAAAUUACCCAUUCUAGUGCCAAAGAUCACUUGUUGCUAAUUUUGUUGUGUACAGUUGAUGUAAAACUUUAUGGUUGGGGACAGACUCUGUGCUCAGGGCCUUGUCUCUAGGAAGAUUUUUCCCCCCCAAUUCCAAAUGAUUUGUCAGUUUCAAAUACAGUUUAGAAGAGUCAUUUGUGGUCUGUGCAU